UCGACCACGCCGCAUAGCGUCAUGGCGUCUUGACGUUCUCUAAGCUUCCUGCAGCGCUCCGUCCCUAUGGUCAACGUGCAUACCGUAACUACUGGUGGGUGGGGACUGCGUUGGGAUGCUCGCUCUUUCUGCCAUGUCAACAUGCGCAAGCCCUCCGGCGCCGGCCUGUCCAGCCCGUCUGCCAUCUCUCGUCUGGCGUGUCUCUUCAUCCUACACCCUCCAGAUCACCCCUCUCUUAUUGGACCUCUCUCAGUCUUCGUUCUAGGCGCCGCACGGCACGACCAAUGACCCUGUGAGGCGCGGGGAAAUACCAUCGCUACCCUACGUCCUCGCGCGUGCACCAGGCCGUCACAUUAAACCUUGUGCAUCCUGCUGCUUAUUACAUGUCCGAGUGCUCAUGCUGAUCUCCACACUGAACGGCCCUGUAGAGGUGUCUGUCUCCUCGAGAGGGCUCAAGCACGCUGGGAACAUGCCCGAGUCGUCAUCCUCCUCUGCAGCGCCACUACCCACGACCGCGAAACGAGCUUGCGACGCCUGCCAUCGAAGGAAGGUCAAGUGCAUUGGGGACGGCACGCGGCCAUGUAAGAACUGCACGUCUGCCGGUCUCACGUGUACCUACAAUGCCAUCCCUCAGAAGAAGGGCCCGAAGGGGUCGAGGGCGAAGGUGAUCUCUGAGCUUCGAGAGACUCAGCGACAGUCACAACUGGCGGCGAGACGACAUGGCCUGGAUUUUGAGAGCCCACCUCACUCGCCGGCCCAUCUGAGGAAGGCUGGCUUGCUGUCGAUGAAGAUGAUCACGACUUGCGUCGACUACUAUUUCGUUCACAUGUAUCCCACACAGCCCAUCCUCCAUCGUCAGAAGGUGGGCGAGACCAUUGGCCAGAUGGAAACCAGCGCCGAAGCAUACUGCCUUGUAGUAUCAUUAUGCGCCUACAUGAUGAUUCAACCGAACAUGGUCAUGCCACCCGAUGCCUUCGAUGGACUGGAAAUCGCACCGCAACCGAGCUUGCAGCUAGGCCACGCGUUGCUACAGGAGGCCCUACGAGUGCGCAAAGGCUGCAACUACAUCGAGAACCCAACGGUGUGGUCGGUCAUUACUUCGUUCUUUUUCUUCGGCAGCUAUUUCUGCCUGGACCGACACAAUACAGCAUGGUUCCACUUGCGGGAGGCGACGACACUGGCACAGAUCAUGGGAAUGCACGAGGAGGUGAACUACCAGUCCACGGACAUCAUUGAGAGCUCACGGAUGAGACGAUUGUACUGGCUCCUGUUUGUGACGGAACGUGCUUAUGCGCUGCAGCAACACAAACCGCUGACUCUGCACGCGACCAUCAACCUUCCGACCCUGGACGAGGACCCGGCUGAAACGGUCGAGCUGAACGGUUUCAUUCAUUUGGUAAACCUAUUCCGACCAUUUGAUGAUACCUUUGUAGGUCUCUGGAACAAGGCCCGGGUGGGAUGUACAACCGAGUGGCUUGCACGAUUGCAACAACAGCUUUCAGAUGCUUUGCCAACGUACCUCUCGUGUACGGAAACACAGGCUGUCGACUUGCGGUGCUCGCAACAGUGGCUUCGGACCAUGGUAUGGCAGCUCUCCAUCAGCCAUGGCUUUUUAUCGUCGGCGGCAGCAGAUCACGCCAUGAGCUUCAAAUAUCCCAUAGAAGUCUCUCGCGACCUGGUUCAGUCGACGUCGCAGUUCACGCAAUCUGCAAUGGAGGUGCAUGGCAUUGGGCUUGUGGAAAAACUGUUCGAUGUCGCAUGCACCCUGACAGACGUGAUGUCUGUAAUACCACAUGAGCAAUACACCUUCGAGUUCGGCCCACGAGACUAUCUGAAUCAGCUGAUGACGUUGAUCAGCACGCUCAGAGGUGGACAACAGAGGUACAUGCCUCUACUGAUGCAGAAGAUCAACGACACUAUGCCAAAUGUCCCUGGAUACGCAAUUCCGAGCGCGGUGCCGCCCAGUCUCAGGAGCGAGGAGGCGUAUGAUGGAAGUCAUUCUAGCGCGCAGAACAGCCACGACAGCACACCAUUUGGGAGUCCGUUGAGCCCAAAUGGGCCACCUUUUGCACCGGUCACAAGUUACCACGCGGAAAUGCAACAAUACAGUGGGAUGCCCGUCAGCAGCGCGCCCGUAUCUAACUCCGGCGACAUGUUUGAUUCAAGCAGCGCCUAUGGGAUGUCUGCAGCAGAGCAGGUGCUCCGGGGAAAGUACGAGCGUGGAUGAGAAAGAGCGAAGUUCCAGUCAGAGACACGUAGAGACGUGCCAUGGAUGGCACCUAUUCCACCCCGUGGACACAUGAAAGAUAUGGACAUGCGCGUGCAGACGCAAUUGCGCCUACGGCCGGUGCGCCUCGUCGUGCCCACGAUGCUUCGAGAGGUCUGUCCCUCUCGAUCAGCUGGGCACGACCUCAGAACAACGAAAUUCGCAACGAAAGGGCACUGUAUGCCAACGAACUCGCAGAAGCUGUGUUCAUCGAACGCACGAUUUGUCGCUCACUAAAUAUGAACGCUCAGCGUUUACGUUGCAGCGAAGUGCUUCGUCCAGAAUCUCGAAAUGCGCCGGCCUAUAAUUUGCGCUGUCGCGGUUCCAUCGGCACCCAAAGAGCACGAUGUCGUUCGCUUUCAAAAAGCAACAUGGCCGUGCGUGACUGCACACAGACGGAAAACGGUAAACGAAGGACCAAGGCCGGUCUUCAGACAAGUGGACUGCGAGAUCGACGGUAGUGGUAUCGAUCUUGCGAGUGUGGACGCCAUGGGCUAAUAGCAGCGAAAGGAAAGUCACAAUCUCUCCUCGCCGCUGCACGAUCCAAGAAGUCAAUCUUGCUUCACCGCUGAGGGGUCCCGACGCGGCGUGAUUGCUUGUUGUCGGAAACGGAUGCCGUGGUGUCACAUGGGGCAAGACUUGCGCGAAGAAAGAGCAGUCAUGCAUACUAGUAUAGUGCAAUGCGCAAAGCUAAGAACGUGUGGCUUCGAUUUUCCCAAAACGGUGAAUGAAAAGCGCAGAUGGCGGCGGGGUUUUGAAGGAUCUCCAUCGUCAGGCGUGCAUUCUUGGGGCUAAAACUACUAUCAAAGCGCAAUGACGACUAUGAGGCAUGAACGAGUCGUGUGCCAAACGAUCAACACGUGUAUCAUCAGAUCGUACCCGUGUUCAUAUCACACUAGCAGUGUUCGCAUUUCCCG